GUCAGCAUCACUUGCCACUACCACUACCACUACCACUUCUUUAUACUAAUAUAACUCUUCAUUGUUGUUAAAAACCAUCAAACAUUAUCAUCGCGGAUCACCACCACCACAACCACAACCACAACCACAACCACAACAAGAACAACAAACAUCGCUGGCAGACUAACAACAAGAGCCAGCCAAGCAUCGGCAUCGGCAUCACCAAAAAACCAAACACUCGCUAUGUAAGGGGGUACCAUUACAGCAAAAACCAAAAGCAACAGGCUCAAAACAUAAAAAAAAGACAACGGUUUUAAAGCAACAGCAAGGAGCAACGACAAACUGUCAGUUCAGAUGAAAGCGAAAUUACAGUAAAGCUCUUAUAAAAGUCGCGCUCUUGCCUACCUGGACACACAUAUUAUUUAUAACUCCUAUGUAUAGAAGCAGAGUGAACACAUAACUAUAUAUAUAUAUAUACAUACAGACAUAUAUAUGUAUAUAUAAAAUUAUAUUUGAAAAUCUACAAAAAUUAUAUCCAAGUGAGAAUUAAAUAUAAGUAACGAGUUUGAAAUUCAAGAAAGAACUGCCAACCAUGAGAUAUAAACAACAAAUCAUCAUUGUCUUAACUGCUCUUUUUAUGGUAUACACUGCUGUUGCUAGACGAAGCGAUACUCGUGCACGAAGCAGAGGUGCAGGUGCUAUACGUAAACCUCGCGAUGGACCUAUAGAGGAAGGCAUGUGUGACCUUGAGCUGUCUUGCCGCGGAGAAGCAACUGUACCAAUAAAGCUGCCGAUAAGGGGACCACGUGGACCGGCUGGACUUGAUGGCGAGAAAGGAGAACCUGGUACGGCUGGGGUGCCCGGACUUCCUGGUGUCCCUGGUCUAUUUGCAGGUACACCAUCUAAGGCCCGCAUCAAAGUCGCCUUCUCUGUGGGCCUCAUGAAAGAUCUUGGUCCAAUAACUAAAGACCAGGAGAUACUUUGGGACAGAGUUUUUUCCAAUAUUGGAGAGUCAUAUAGCAUUAAAAACGGUCGGUUCGUUGCUCCCCAUAACGGAACAUAUAAGUUCGAUGCAGCUGUUGCUGCUCGAGGCGGCCAAAAGGCUGCUGUGAUGCUGAUGCACAAUGACAAGAUGGUAGUAACUAUUUGGGCGGAAAGUAUCCCUACUUGGUCCUCAGCCUCAGGUGGUGCCAUAUUGCACUUGAAACGCGGCGACGAGGUGUGGUGCGAGGCUUUGCAGCGUGCUUCGUUUUUAUCUGGAUACCUGUAUACUACAUUCUCCGGCCACAUUCUCUUUGCUGACGAAGAAUAACCAGCCAAUGAGGCGUGAGAAAGAAAACACACACACACACACACACACACACACACACACACACAAACACACAUGCACGUACACAUACACACACACACACACACACACACACACACACAGGCAGAUGCGCACUCGCAUGUAAACAUAUACGCUCGUAUAUUGAUACCUUGCGCUGAAUUCCUUGAAAGAUCAACAUGACAAAAAUAAAAUAAAAUAAAAUAAAA